UUGUGAUUUCUAACUUUAUUGUUUUGGUUUUAAUCUUAGGGGGAAAAGAACAAUGGUUUUGAUGUCCUUUAUCAUAAUAUGAAACAUGGACAUGUGUCUACAAAAGAACUAUCAGAUUUUAUAAGAGAAAGGGCUACAAUAGAGGAGGCAUAUUCAAGGUCGAUGACAAAGCUAGUCAAAUCAACAAGCAACUAUUCACAGCUCGGAUCAUUUUCUCCAGUCUGGGAUGUUUUCAAGUCAUCAAGUGAAAAAUUAGCAAGCUGUCAUUUAGAACUUGUUCGGAAGUUGCAAGAAAUAAUAAAAGAAGUACAAAAGUAUGGCGAUGAACAGUUAAAAGCACAUAAAAAGACAAAAGAAGAAGUUUCAGGAACUUUGGAAGCUGUGCAGAACAUUCAAAGUAUAACCCAGGCCCUCCAGAAAGCAAAGGAAAACUACAAUUCAAAAUGUGUGGAGCAUGAGCGUUUAAAAAAAGAAGGGGCAACACAGAGAGAAGUAGAUAAGGCUGCAGUAAAAUCCAAGAAGGCUACUGAUACAUACAAGCUAUAUGUAGAAAAAUAUGCUUCAGCAAAAUCCGAUUUUGAACAGAAAAUGACUGAAACUGCACAGAAGUUCCAAACUAUUGAAGAAAUGCAUCUCUCCCACAUGAAAGAGAUUAUAAAAUCUUUUUCAAAUACAGUAAAAGAAGUUCAUUUACAAAUUGGCGAGGUUCAUGAAGAAUUUAUAAAUAACAUGGCAAACACAUCCGUCGACAGUUUGAUACAAAAAUUUGCUGAGUCAAAAGGCACAGGCAAAGAGCGACCCGGACUUAUUGAAUUUGAAGAAUGUAAUACAGCUAGUGCAGUUGAAGGGAUAAAGCCAAGAAGAAGAAAGCCUUUUGGAUUACCAGGGAUUAUAAAGAAGGAAAAAGAUACAGAAUCUGUAGAAUGUCCAGAUGCAGAUUCAGUUAACAUUCCGGAUGUAGAUGAAGAAGGAUAUAGCAUUAAACCGGAAACUAGUCAGAAUACCAAAGAGAACCAUUUCUAUUCAUCAAGUGAUUCUGACUCUGAAGAUGAUGAACCUAGGAAGUUCCAUGUGGAAAUUAAACCUGUUCAGCCAACUAAUAGUUCUCAUUAUACCGUGCCUUCAUUGGAUGAAUUAAAAGAGUCAAUUGGAAACAUCACACUUUCGCCAGCAAUAUCUAGACACAGUCCUGCACAAAUGAACCGAAACUCAUCUAGUGAAGAAUUAACAAAAUUGAAAUUUUCUGUUUCAUCUAAUGAAAAGGGGACCAGUGACCUCUGGGCAUGGGACCCACUCGUUAGAAACUCUGGUGACUCAUCAUCCUUGACCUCAACAAUGUCUUCAUCCUCAUCAGCCAGGCCAACAACCCCUCUUUCUCUGGGUGCCUUAGUACCUCCUCCAAGACCAGCUUCCAGACCAAAGUUACCCACCGGGAAACUCAGUGGAAUUAAUGAAAUUCCAAGGCCCUUCAGUCCUCCUCUGACCUCCAACUCCAGCCCACCUCCUCCAGCUCCACUGGCACGUGCAGAGAGUUCUUCCUCCAUAUCCUCUUCUGCAUCAUUAAGUGCAGCAAAUACACCCACAGUUGGUGUUUCUCGAGGUCCAAGCCCUGUCAGCCUUGGAAACCAGGACACCUUACCUGUUGCAGUAGCUCUUACUGAGUCUGUUAAUGCCUACUUUAAAGGAGCAGAUCCCACAAAAUGUAUUGUGAAGAUCACUGGUGAUAUGACAGUGUCAUUCCCAAGUGGGAUUAUUAAAGUCUUCACCAGCAAUCCGUCUCCAGCUGUGCUCUGCUUCAGGGUAAAAAACACAAGCAAACUAGAGCAGAUUCUUCCAAAUGCACAACUAGUAUACAGUGAUACAUCACAAAGUGAUUCCAAUACAAGGGAUUUUUGGAUGAACAUGCAAGCUGUCACAGUCUACCUCAAGAAAUUAUCAGAACAGAAUCCCUCUGCUUCUUACUACAAUGUAGAUGUUCUAAAGUAUCAGGUAUCUUCAAAUGGCAUCCAGUCUACACCUCUGAAUCUUGCCACGUAUUGGAAGUGCAAUGCCAGCACCACUGAUGUAAGAGUUGACUACAAAUACAACCCGGCAUCUAUGGUUGUGCCAAGUACACUGUCUAAUAUACAGGUCAUGGUACCCAUUGAUGGAGGUGUAACAAACAUGCAGUCACUUCCACCAGCAAAAUGGAAUGCAGAACAGAUGAAAGCUUUUUGGAAAUUAUCUGCCGUUUCAGAAAAGUCCGAAAAUGGAGGCUCUGGCUCCCUCAGGGCCAAAUUUGACAUUUCAGAAGGACCCAGUAAGCCCACAACACUUGCAGUGCAGUUUAUCAGUGAAGGAAGCACUCUUUCGGGAGUAGACAUUGAACUAGUAGGCACUGGUUAUCGACUUUCCUUAGUAAAGAAGAGAUUUGCCACUGGACGAUAUAUGGCAGAUUGCUGAUCAAACCUGUGGAGGAAAAAAACCCAGUUCUCAAUAAAUACUUCAUUCUUACUACCUUUCCAACACUAUUGCAACACACACACACUUCUGGGAAAAGUUGACUAUUUGUUGCAGUUUAUUUACACAACAAAAAUGCACUUUUUAAAAAUAAGUCAUUGUAAAAAUAUUCUUUACUCUAUAAUAGCACUGAAACGAACUCCAACACUAUCUAUAAAAGGUCUCCUGCAAUAUUGAGGAACAAGAGUACACAAAAAGUUUGAGCCAAAAUAGCAGUCUUCAUGAUAUUUAGAGCCCUGAUACCAUAAACUACCCAAUAUUUUAGCUUUCGUAAAUAUUACUCAGCUAUAAUAUCUUUCCGUUGCCCUUAUUGCCAAUCCAUAACCAUAAUGGCAAAGUCACUUUUUUCCACUUGUAUAGUCAUGUGCCAUAUCUUAGAGAGAUGUAUACAAAAAAUGAUUUCUACAUUCUAUAUAUUAAGUAUACAUUGUUUUAUUACAGAUUGUUUUAAAAAUGUAAAGUGCAAUGUUUUUAAACACAGACAGCAGAGAUAUUUACUUCUGCCAUUAGUUAAAUUUAUGGGAGUUGUAAUUUUUGAAUUAAUGCUGUAGAUUAAUUUAUUUUUAUAUGAAAUACGUAACAUUUGUGCCUUUUUAAAAAAAAACUGUGCCUGCCAAGAUAUUCAUGUGCCUCUUGUUUCUUUUUUUCAGUAUGUAGCUCUUCGAUAUAGAAAACAUGAUGGUUUUUUCUGUGUAAUAAAUACAACUUUAUAUAAUUCCCUGUGCAGGGAUAUGAAGGGAAAUAUACAGUAGCUAUAGAACAAAAAUGUUAGACUGCUUCCUUGGUGAGUUAAGUGCAGUUCAUGCAACCACUUUAAAAGGAAUAGCCUAAUUUUGAUACGUUCACAGGAAAACAUUUUUAUGCUCAAAUUUUUAACUUCGUUGUCACCAAAGAUGUCUAAAAUUCUGAAGGCACGUUAAAUAUUUUAAACUAAUUUAUAAGAGAACAGCUGUAGUAUUUCCCCUUGACUAUAGUUUUAAAGAUUCAAGUGCUUUCAGAAAUACGAUAUGAAUGUAAAGGUUUCUUGUGAGGAGUAGCUUUUGUUAAGCGUUUAAGCUGGGCAAAAAUUGCUGUUCAUCUUAAUUUCAACAACAUUCAUGAACUAAACAUUUAAACCUUGAAAUUGGUCUCUGAUCUCUGCCCCAUUUUAAAUACAAUAGCAAAUAGUGGCUCUGAACAAUUGAAGUCAUUGUGUCAAUUACUGUUUUUAGAGUCUGUAUACUAUGCUGUUAAGACAUUAUUAAAUGCUGAAAUCAAAAGUUGUAAGAUACUCUUUAACCAGCAACUGGAAAUCUUCGAUUACAUCUCUGAACUCUAUUUGUCUAUGGAAAGUAUACUUUAAAAGCAAUAAUUAAAUAUUUUGUGAAACCACUAAUGAAUUUUUUAGCAGCGUGAUAUAAGAUGCCUGUAGCCACUUAAAAUUUGGUAAAACACACUACAGAGGCUGCAACCAAUAACAGGUGCAUGCAUUUUAUUGAUUCAAAUUAAUUUCUACAUUAACGGUGGAACAUAAUAUUACAGUCAUAUGCUUUUAAUGGAUUAUUUUAUCUCUUAAAAUUGUUCUUUUAAAUUUUAACUAGAUUUCCUUGGAACAGUACUUAUUGGAUCUUCAUAGUCUAAAAUGUUAGUCUCUGCUGAGUGAUUAUUGUUAGAGCUUUUAAACAAUUGGCAUUUCACAUGGUACAAUCUCCUACUGGAAUCUUAAUUGUAAUCUGCUUUCGCAAUCAAAACUGUUUGGCCAGUUUAAUUCUUCCUUGUUGAAAUUCUAUUUUAUUCUCCAUUUUUAAUCAUGUAUUUCUACAAAGUUAAAAGGUAGCGCUUUUAAUCUAAACUGCUUACCAAGUAUUCUCAAACAUUUAAUAGUAAUGGGUGCAGGUUACAAUUUUGAAGCCAUAUGAGUUUAUAUAGCAUUUUUGUAAAGAAAUCUUAAGAAUUUUGUAAAAAUACAAAUAUCUGAAAAGAAUUUCAUGUAGCAAGCUGGAUCUUGCUUGUUUAUAAAGUGAUCAUCUUUAUAGCUGCCUCUUGUGAGAUAAUUUGUAAACACAACUCUAAAGGGUCUGCGGUUUCUAUGAACUGUAAAUUAGAACGUUAUAAAUCUAUUUUACAAAAACUGUAAAUACAUCUGAACUUCCACAAAAUGUAAAAAUAUUGCACCCCAUAAUAAACAUGUAAUAUAUAACUUA